AUGGGUCCCUAUUGUCCAUGCUUCGGGAUCGGGAGCAAGAAAAGGGGGAUCAACUUGAAAACCAACACUAAUUACGUCCCUAUUGAACCAACUAGGGACCCUCCUAAUCCUAUCAACUCUCAUCUUCCUCCAGAUAAUCCCAUCACACUGCUGGAGCCCAGACAGCAACUACUGAUAUCAAAAGAUGAUUCUCCUCGGAGAAGCAACCUCCCAACUUUUUCUUACCGGGAUCUUGCAACCGCCACAAACAAUUUCAGGCGAGAAUCCAUCAUCGGGGAAGGUGGCUUUGGGCCAGUAUUCAAAGGGCAACUUACAACUAGUCAGGUUGUGGCUGUUAAGAAGCUAAAUCAUUCAGGUCUUCAAGGGGAUAAGGAGUUCUUUGUCGAGGUUCACAUGCUCUCACUGAUGCGCCACCCUAACCUGGUUAAUCUAAUUGGUUACUGCACUGAAGGAGAGCAGCGUCUUCUUAUCUAUGAAUUCAUGCCUCUAGGAUCUUUGGAAUAUCAUCUCCAUGAUAUUACGCCUGACAUGAACCCAUUGGAUUGGGAUACCAGGAUGGUAAUAGCAUCUGGUGCUGCCAAAGGCCUGGAUUACCUUCACAACCAAGCUGAUCGUCCUGUUAUCUACAGGGACCUUAAGUCGGCAAACAUAUUAUUGGGUGAGGGUUUCCAUGCUAAACUUUCUGACUUUGGUCUUGCAAAGUUUGGCCCAAUUGCAGACAAUACACAUGUUUCAACUCAGGUUAUGGGCACUCAUGGGUAUUGCGCACCUGAGUAUGCUGGAACCGGAAAACUGACUAUGAAAUCAGACAUCUAUAGUUUUGGUGUGCUCUUGUUGGAGCUAAUUACUGGAUGUAGAGCAAUGGAUGACUCUCGCGAACAUGGAAAAGAAAUGCUUGUUGACUGGGCACGUCCUAUGUUGAAAGACCGCAUGAACUAUGUACAAUUAGCGGAUCCAAUGUUAAGAGGCAAGUUUCCACAAUCUGUCUUCCGCAGGGUAGUAGAACUGGCCUUAAUGUGUGUUCAGGAUGAUCCCCAUGCUCGACCUCACACGAAAGACAUUGUGCUUGCUUUGAGUUACUUUGCAUCCCAAAAGCAUAAUUCACAUGCAGCUCAGUCAAAUCAGAUUGGAUCUCAGGGAGACGGGAGGACAUCCGCUGUUGAAGAACUAACAAAUGGAAGCUCUGUUGAUUUUAAUGGAGCUCAGAUCGAUGUAACAGUUAUAAGAGCUUUGAACAGGGAUCAAGAGCGGGAGCGAGCUGUUGCAGAGGCCAAGAAGUGGGGCGAGACUUGGAGAGAGAAAGGGAAACAGAAUGCGGAUGAUCAUUUAGAUUAUAAAUCAAGGUGGUGA